AAAAAGAAUGUUAAUCUUCGGGUGAAUGCGAAGGGGAAGAAGCCAUAUGACUCAGAAGAAUGCGCUGGUGAAGAAAGCGUAAAGUCGUAGGAGGGAAGACGAGAGACAUACAGAAGAUGGCGCUAGCCGUCUCUGCUAUUGUUCCUUUAAGAUUUCAGACAAAGUUUUUCAAAGCCAAGCUAUAUACAGUCCGUAGGUGCUUAACAUAUUCAUGCAAUCACAGCCACAGAACCUCUCAAAUAUGUUCAAUAAAUAUAGCAACUAUGGCACAGUUCAGUGACCCAAGCAAGCUGAGGGUGCAUAUGGAUAAGCUUGGUGAGAAGAUUUGGGAAGCCCUACCUGAGCCAGUUAAAGAGUUUCCUUGGAGAAGAGCAGAAGAUAUUGUUAUUCAGCAGUUGCUUUUACUUGGAAAGAAGGCACUUAAGUGGUCUCUAAUUACAGCCUUCGUCCUUAGCUCACUAUCAGAUAUCAUAUUUUCCAUUUCAAGAAACAGAGAAUUGCUGAUUCCUAUAGGUCUUUCUGUUGGAUGCAUGAUGGCUGAAUUCUUGAAGGAGACUUCUGGGGAAUUGUUUCAAGAAGCAAAGAAAGGAGAUUUGGCAUGGCAGCUUCUGGGCAUUGGUUCUUUUUUCGUUCUUGUUAAGUUAAUUUCUGUAUAUUUCAUGCAAGAACGGGCAUUCUUGUCCCAUGUUGGAAAUGGUGGGUUCAUGCAUGUUCUUUGGUUGUGGAAUAAAAAUCUAAGAGGAAGAAAUGGUGAUGAUGAAAAUUCAAUUCAUCAAGAUGCUUCCAUUGCUACUGAUGUACUUGGUUAAAUUACAACGAUGCUGUUGGAUGGUUAGGAGAGAUUUGUCUCUGAUUAAAGCUUUGACACGCUUUGGCUAUGACAAACUUGUCUCACUAUUUUUAAAUGGUUAAGUUAGACGCAAAUAGCAAUCAUGGUUAAGUUAGAUGCUCAUGACAAUUAUGGUUGCUAGAUCUGUAUUGUCUUUUUCUGUAUCUUGUCAACUAAAAUGGAGCUUCUGCAAAACUGAAGGAUCACUCAAAUGUUAUUUGUACAUUUAGGGUGAAUCCAACUGCUCGAUUUGUCUUCAUUCCAUGCUGCUCGAUAUAUUUUCCCUUUA